UUGGGUAGCUUGAUUUGUAUUGGCUGCUGUUGCCUGUAGGCUGAGUAUUAGUGACCGACAGACACUCCUGCAGCCAGGACAAGGAGUAAUAAUACGACUCUGUCUGUAUAAAAUAGUCUUGAACCACAUUUGGAGAAUAAUUUGCCUUAAAUAAGCCUUAAUGUUUUUUAACAGACAAUAUUUUACUACUCGGGAAUUAGAUAACGUUAUUGUUACAAUAGAGAUGUGAGCAGCUGUCACGGCAUAACUAAGCUAGAUAGCCUGUUGUAAAACCAAUUUUUUUUCAGAUAUUUGUUGCUGCUUUUUUCGUUGCUGUGGGGAAUUCAAUCCAAAACGCAUGGUGCUGCGAUAUACCGUGUCUUACUAAAAGGGUAGUGACAGUGGACGGACGUUACACUCUGUGAUGGAUAAUACUCAUACUAAGACGGUGGAGGAGGUUUUGGGCUUCUUCAUUGUCAAUGAGUCUACAGGUCUGAGCUGUGAGCAGCUGAAGAAGACCAGGGAGAGAUGGGGACCCAACGAAUUGCCAGCUGAAGAAGGGAAGUCACUUUGGGAGCUGGUCCUGGAACAGUUUGAGGAUCUGUUGGUCCGAAUCCUGCUGCUGGCUGCGUGCAUCUCCUUUACCCUGGCUUGGUUUGAAGAAGGGGAGGGGACAAUCACAGCCUUUGUUGAGCCCUUCGUCAUCCUCCUCAUCCUCAUCGCCAAUGCUAUUGUGGGAGUGUGGCAGGAGCGUAAUGCAGAGAAUGCCAUUGAGGCUCUGAAGGAGUACGAGCCAGAGAUGGGCAAGGUGUACCGACAGGACAAGAAGAGCGUCCAGAGAGUCCGAGCCCGAGACAUUGUUCCUGGAGACAUCGUGGAGGUCGCUGUUGGUGAUAAGGUCCCAGCUGACAUCAGGCUGACGUCCAUCUGUUCCACCACUCUGAGGGUGGACCAGUCCAUUCUGACGGGGGAGUCUGUGUCGGUGCUCAAACACACAGACCCUGUACCGGAUCCCCGAGCCGUCAACCAGGACAAGAAGAACAUGCUCUUCUCUGGUACCAACAUCGCAGCGGGCCGUGCCAUCGGGGUUGCUGUGGCAACCGGGGUGCAGACAGAGAUUGGGAAAAUCCGAGAUGAGAUGGCCGCCACCGACCCUGAAAGGACCCCACUGCAAAAGAAGCUAGACCAGUUUGGAGAACAGCUUUCUAAGGUCAUCACUGUGAUCUGUGUGGCAGUGUGGGCCAUUAAUGUGGGACACUUCAAUGACCCGGUCCAUGGAGGCAGCUGGCUGAGAGGAGCUGUUUACUAUUUCAAGAUCGCUGUUGCGCUGGCUGUAGCAGCCAUACCAGAAGGCCUUCCAGCAGUCAUCACGACCUGCCUGGCUCUGGGCACCAGGAGGAUGGCCAGGAAGAACGCCAUCGUCCGCAGCCUGCCAUCAGUGGAGACGCUGGGUUGCACAUCUGUUAUCUGCUCUGACAAGACAGGAACACUGACAACCAACCAGAUGUCAGUCUGCAGGCUGUUUGUCGUAGACAGUGUGUCCGGGGAGCGCUGCAGCCUGAACGAGUUCACAGUGACUGGAUCUACUUACGCCCCUGAAGGGGAAGUUUAUAAGGACGACUCAGUGGUGAAGCCCAGUCUGUAUGAAGGCCUGGUGGAGAUGGCCUCCAUCUGUGCACUGUGCAAUGACUCAUCACUGGACUACAAUGAGGCCAAGGGUGUGUAUGAGAAGGUUGGGGAGGCAACAGAGACCGCUCUCUGCUGUCUGGUGGAGAAAAUGAACGUGUUCGACACUGACCUGAUAGGAAUUAGCCCCGCUGAGAGAGCUACAGCGUGCUGCUCCGUGAUUAAGCAGCUGAUGAGGAAGGAGUUGACGUUGGAGUUUUCCAGAGACAGGAAGUCUAUGUCUGUCUUCUGUUCAUCCAAUAAACUCACCAGGUCUUCCUCUGGAGCCAAGAUGUUUGUCAAGGGUGCUCCAGAGAGCGUGUUGGAGCGCUGUAAUUACAUCCGGGUCAGCGGUUCUUCUCGUGUGCUUUUGAGCCCGGCGGUUCGAGAGCAGAUCCUGUCCACUGUGAGGGAAUGGGGAUCGGGCCGAGACAUGCUGCGUUGCCUCGCCAUGGCAACCAGGGACACGCCCCCUGACAUCAAAAGCCUCAACCUGGAGAACUCAGCUGUCUUUGGUGACUAUGAGACCGACCUGACCUUUGUGGGCUGUGUGGGCAUGUUGGACCCCCCCAGGAAAGAGGUGCUUAGCGCCGUCCGAAUGUGUCGGCAGGCUGGCAUAAGAGUCAUCAUGAUCACAGGUGACAACAAAGGGACAGCCCUGUCUAUCUGUCGGAGGGUGGGCAUCAUCACGGAGCAGGAAGAGGAGCAGGAGGGCGUUAUCGGGGGCCUGACUGGGCGGGAGUUUGACGAGCUGCCGCCUCACCUGCAGCGUCAGGCCUGCAGGACGGCAAGAUGCUUUGCCCGGGUGGAACCGGCACACAAGAGUCGCAUUGUGGAGUACCUGCAGAGCCUCGAUGACAUCACUGCCAUGACAGGUGACGGGGUGAACGACGCGCCUGCAUUAAAGAAGGCGGAGAUCGGCAUCGCUAUGGGCAGCGGCACAGCGGUGGCAAAGUCAGCCUCUGAGAUGAUCCUGGCUGAUGACAACUUCUCCACCAUCGUGGCUGCAGUGGAGGAGGGCAGGGCCAUUUACAACAACAUGAAACAGUUCAUCAGAUACCUGAUCUCCUCCAACAUAGGAGAGGUGGUCUGUAUUUUCCUGACAGCCGCAUUGGGCAUGCCUGAAGCACUGAUCCCAGUCCAACUGCUAUGGGUCAACCUCGUCACCGACGGUUUCCCAGCAACGGCUCUGGGCUUCAACCCUCCAGAUCUGGACAUCAUGUCCCGCCCCCCACGCUCCCCCAAAGAGCCUUUGAUCUCCAGCUGGUUGUUCUGCCGCUACCUCAUCGUCGGAUGUUAUGUGGGCGCUGCGACUGUCGGAGCUGCUGCCUGGUGGUUCAUGGCAGCCCACGACGGACCGAAGCUUUCCUUCUAUCAACUGUCCCACUACCUUCAGUGCAGGGACGGCCACGUUGAGUUUGCUGGUGUGCAGUGUUCAGUCUUUGAGUCUCCUUAUCCAAUGACUAUGGCCCUGUCUGUCCUGGUUACCAUAGAGAUGUGCAACGCCUUGAACAGUCUGUCAGAGAACCAGUCCCUGGUGAAAAUGCCUCCCUGGUCAAACCCCUGGCUGGUGGGGGCCAUCUGUCUGUCCAUGGCUCUACACUUCCUCAUUCUAUAUGUCGACCCCCUGCCGAUGGUUUUCCAGAUACGCCCUCUGUCGUGGCCUCAAUGGGUGGUGGUGUUGAAGAUGUCACUUCCUGUCAUCUUCAUGGACGAGGCUCUGAAGUUCCUGGCCCGCAACUUCAUUGAGCCAGGAAGCCAGAUCCAGACUCUGGAAGAGGAAGAGGAGCAGCGGCAGAUGGGGGCUAGCACGGGAUUGGUCGGGGCCAUGAUGAGAAGGCUGCACCAGUCACUGAAGGGCGUGUCCUGGUCGUUCGUUCUGAUCUCUGCUCCGCUACUGAUCUGGAUCUUCAGCCUGGACUCUGACAUCACCAACAUCUUCUGGGAGUGAUGGAAGAACGAGAGGAUGGGCGGACUGUGGGGGGAGAGAAGAAAGAGACCAUCUAAAGGACUGUUGGAAUAGGAUGCAGAGGAUUGGGUGUGUACGGGUGAGGUGAGGGGAGAAAGAAACAAGCAGAGAUGAUAUACAAGAAUGUAAGAGAUAAAGAGUGAAAUAUUAAGCCAACAGACAAUCAGAUAACACCAAGAAGGAAAGACCACCUCCUCCUUAAUGCUAAAAGGUGCUAUGUGUAGCAUUUCAUCUGAAUCCCAUAGCUCACUUAGACUGUACUGCAAUGAGUUAGGAGGGCCUAGGCCCAGUUUGUCUGUCCAACACCUGGGCCAAGAGUGAAAUAUGUCUCUGACAUGAGAUUGCUUCAGCUGUACUUUAAUGCUAACCUUUGGAUUCUAAAAUACUACCGUUUACAUGAUAAUCAUUAGCAUGUUAGCAUGCUAUAACCCGUUUUUGUGUUAGGGACACUCAAUGUAAUCAUUAAUGGUUCCCAGCAGCACUGGCCUGUCACAGGUUGCAUCUAUUUCUAUGGUUGCACCAGCUAUUUAUACAACCUUUGGCAAUUUUGACUUGCUAGCUUCCAACUAGUCCCUUCACUAAAUCAGAAUACACCAAUAAAAGUUAAGAAAUGUCAAUAGCCCCUUUCCCACUGGACAAAAGACCAACAUCUGGCUUUUGUCCUCGGUAGGAAAGGUUACAAUCGGCCUUCAGCCCCAGGACAAAUGUCUCUGCAGUACUCAAAGAUAUUUAUCGGCUCCAGCUCCAAUCGGCAGUGAUGGAAACAUGACACCCGAGUGGACACGCUCGCUAAUUUACACUCCUUUCCGUCUUUGUCUUCUCAGCCAUAAAAGCUAUGCUGCUUUAUUAUUUGUGUUCAUGACAUUGAACUUGACUGACCAGAAAACACAGUGGGAAGGAGUCAUCUAUUUUUAGCUUGUUUUCAUGCGUUUAAGAAAACUGCAAAUACAUGCCCUCAUUGCAGUGGACUAAAGUUUGUUGUGGCCAGACCAGCCGAACCAAUAUUUGACCAUUUCUGCAUUUAAUUCUUAAUAUUAGACUUAUAUUUGCAUCAUAAUAUUUGAAGUGGACACUAAAGCCAUGCACUGUUUAAAACUAUUGGAUUCAUUUAAAUCAAAUUGAAGAGUAGCAGAUACAGAAACAACUUUCAGUAAUACAUGUGCACACCAGUAAGCUACUGUCAUGUCUGUCAAGCGUGUCGAAGUGUAGUUUAGAAAUGAUUUUGAUAGAAAAUACAUUUCCUAUGACACACAGGCUUUACUACGUAUUAACUCCUUUUGGACCCGUGACUCCCAAUACGUUUCUGUUUGAGGCUAUACACUGGUUGAAUGCUACAUGUUGCACCUUUUAGAUGUCUGCUUGAAAAAUGAGUGCAUCAGAUAGAAGAAGGAGAGCAGUGCUGAUUGGUCUCAAAUCAAACACACACACACUCACACUCACACUCUCCAGCUUUACGGCCACACUGUAAUUCACCAGUAAUAAUUUGUUGUUCGUAACAGGCGAUCAGGCCAGACGACUAGAUGUACAAUAGAAUACCCCAACCGGCCACUGCAACAGUCUUUAUGCUGCGAUGCAAAGAUAUCCAGCCACAUUAUUGUUGGACCUUCCUUGUAGAUACUGUACAUGAGACUAAGAGAAGCAUUUACCUGAGAGGGAAGACUGUUGGCAGACCAUUACAUGCAUGUCGGCGCACGUCACACACAUUUAUAACACGAGUCCAAACUGUGACUGUUGGAUUCUGCAGGAACACAUCAUUUCCUGCAGAAUGUGGGCAUAAGAGGAGACACUACAGUUGAAUAGGGUAAAACAUUGAACCAAUAAAUAUCACCAUGAAUCUUCCCCAGUUGAUUACUCGCAUUAAGACAGUUACUUUUUGUAUUAAAGGUUUUUUGAAAGUCAAUGUUUGGAUAUGCGAGUGAGGCAUAAACUUGCUAAUUUACAGAACAUAAAUGUGAACACUGGAUAAAGCCAAGUUCACAGCGCUUGUUUUCGAGUCAAAGGUUUUUACAGAUGGAAUAUUAGAUAUCUUUUGUAUCAAUCCAUAAAUCUGAAGAUACUGUCGAUAGCCAUGAAUAAAACAUAAUUUCACCAUGUUUUUAGUUAUAGAAUUUCUAAAACUAGACCAAAUUCUCAAAAUUGAGUGUGCAUGAAAACAAUGUUGUUGCCUGUAGAGUCUCUCCUUAACGUGUGUGUGUACAUGUACAGCUGGGUGUCUACAGGUUGUAAAAGGGUUCAUGUCCACAAGUGUGAUUGCAGCUCCUCAUAGCAUCAUUCUGAUACAUCUACAGUUCAGUAUCCUUCUUUGUCUUUCUGUUGAUUGUUACUGACACCGAAUUCACGUUUACACUGCGACAUGUAUGUAAACGUAUUAAUAUGGUUCCUUGUUAUACUCUGUGUGCUGCGUUGAUGCUCCUGUGGACUACAGAGUGGAGAUGAUUCCACACACACACACAGUCAUUCUGUAACGUCACAAAGAGUCUCACAGCAGGCCUGACACUGAGUCGUGCUCCAUUUAAAUGUGCUUAUUGUGCGAAUCAGCCAUUUUCUCCAGUGAUGCCAUUGUGACAUCUCACUCUGUUUGCCAUUGACGGAUUUUUUUUAAAUUUAUUUAUUUUUUUUUAUUUGUGCUCAAAGGGUUUUUGAUUCAUGCUGUUACAAUAACUUUUGUUGUAUAUCACAUUUAGUGUUAGGGCCACUGUUAGAAAAAUCUGAGAUUUGAAGACUAAAGUCAUGUUCUGAAAGCGGUCAUUAUUUUACAAGAAACAAAAUCCUUUCACGUCAUACUUUUAUGAGAGAAAUAUCAUUAUGCGCGUAAAGUCACAAUACUGUUUGUACUACUACCAGCCUUCCUUCCUCUGAGCGGCGAACAGCUGUAGAGCAGACCACAGGUGUUUGUCAGACUGAGCUUAUGACAAAGAAUUGUGACUUUAUUCUUGUAAUGUUUCUAAAUUACAACUUCACUCAUAAUAUUGUGGCAUAUUCUUGUAAAUUUGCAAUUUUAUUCUGGUAAUUUUUGUACUUUUACUAGUAAAGUUGCCACUUUAUUCUUGUAAAAAAACAUUUCAGAAUUAUUACUUUACUCAUAAUAUAAUUACUUUUUCUCAUAAAAAAUGUGACUUUUUUGUCAUUUUCAGAGGUGUUAGACCUCGGGCAGUUUUGUGUUUUCUUUUAUUUGAAAUGUGGUUCUUUUACUACUUGCUAAUUAUUCAAACCAAUAGAGGAUGUUCUUGCUUCUUUGUUGCCCAAAAUUCUGCCUCUUUUUGUUUUGUUUGCUUAUGCUCAAUUGUUCAUAUGAUAAUUUGGGGUUUGGCACAGUUAUGGCAGAAGAAACGCAUGUAGAUGGACUUAAUUAGCGAGUAGUUACUUCCUUUUUUCAUUAUUUAUUCAUAUUUUAUUUUUCUGCAAGGGUGUAUUAUACCAUGACAAGUCCCCAAUGUACCAACUUUGUUGACACCAUUUGUUCUGUGUUAUUAUUCUAAUUAUUAUUAUUGCUGUUGUUGGCUCACACUUGUGAGUGGAAGGGAGGGUUGAUAUGGUUCCAGACUGUCACAGUAAAUGAAUAGUUGACUGACUCACCUGUUUAGAAAAAGGUUGAAUCGAUUCAAGAGAUUCCACACUCUGUUCCCUCGCCUCCAACAAACAUUUCCACUGGAGCCAAACAAGGGAGCACCAUUUAGUAGAUUCUAUUUGUAACGUUUGUUCUUAUUCAUUCCACUUCUGAAGGGUUUGUUGUCAUGGAAAUGAUGUUGAAGGAUGAAAACAAGAAUAAAUGAAAUGGGUCAGAA